AUGUUUCUGAAUGGCAAGAAGGUCCAGUCAGAGACCAACACCUUUUAUGACGUGCACAACCCAGCGACCGGCGAGCUCAUCGCGCGGACGCCGCAGUGUACGCCGGCGGAGCUCUCCUCGGCGGCCGAAAGCUGUGCCGAAGCCUUCAAGACCUGGCGCACCACCCCGGUCUCCACGCGUGCGCGGGUGAUGCACAAGUUGGAAGGUGCGAUUCGAGACAACACCGAUGCCUUAGCCAAAGUCCUCACACAGGAGCAGGGCAAGACCAUUGCAGACGCCAAAGGCGACAUCUUCCGAGGACUUGAAGUGGUCGAGAUGUCCUGUAACAUUCCGUCCAUGAUUCAAGGAGAGACCUUGCCCAACGUGGCCAACGGUGUGGAUGUGCAUUCCUAUCGGAUCCCCCUGGGCGUUUGCGCGGGCAUUGCGCCCUUCAACUUCCCAGCGAUGAUCCCGCUUUGGAUGUUCCCACCGGCCACGACCACAGGGAACACCUUUUUGAUGAAGCCUUCGGAGCGAGUGCCGCUCUCGGCCAUGAUGUUGGCGGAGAUGGCCAGCGACUGUGGUUUGCCCCCGGGCGUGCUCAACGUGGUGCACGGCGGGCACGACACCGUGAAUUUCUUGUGCGAUAAUGAGCACAUUCGAGCUGUCUCUUUUGUGGGUGGCAAUGCUGCCGGCAAGCACAUCUAUGAGCGUGCAGGACGCAAUGGUAAGCGUGCGCAAUGCAAUCUUGGGGCGAAGAACCAUGCGAUCGUGCUUCCCGACGCCGAUCCCGAAAGCGUGGUCAACCAGCUCGUCGGUGCCUCCUGCGGCGCAGCAGGGCAAAGGUGCAUGGCCAUUAGCGUGGCCGUCUUCGUGGGUGCCUCGAAGGAGUGGAUUCAGCGCAUCGCUGCCUCGGCGGCCAAGCUCCGCGUGGGUCCCGGCGAGGCGUCGAGCACCGAUGUGGGGCGAAGAAGAGAGUUGAGGAUUUGCGCCUUGGGUGAAGAGGUGGAUCGGAUUGACACCGGAGUCUCUGAGGGCGCCAAGCUGCUCUUAGAUGGGCGCUCCGCCUCGGUCCCGGAGGCCAACAAGGAGGGCUACUUCGUGGGCCCCACGGUCUUCUCAGAGGUCAAGCGAGGGAUGCAGAUCUAUGAGAAUGAGAUUUUCGGACCGGUCUUGGCCUGUGUGGAGGUCGACACCUUUGAAGAAGCCAUCCACUUCGUCAACGCGACGAAACGGCUGGUCUUCUUCGAACAGAACACGGGUUGGAUGCAAGUGAUCGAGGUGCUGAAGCUCGAAGGACGUGAAGUGAGGAACCCCUAUGGCAAUGGCACCGCCAUCUUCACGCGCAGCGGCGCAGCCGCGCGGAAGUUCACCGAUGAGAUCGAAGCGGGCCAGGUCGGUGUGAAUGUGCCAAUCCCUGUGCCUUUGCCCAUGUUUUCCUUCACUGGAAACAAGAAGUCCAUCUUGGGGGACUUGAACUUCUAUGGCAAGGUGCGUCCGCUCCGGAGUCGCGGCGGGAGACGCACGUCCGGAUUCUCUCGUCCGGAUCCGUCCGCGGGAUCCGUCCGCGGGAUCCGUGCGGGUCCGGAGGGAGGAAGUUGGAGGACUUUGGGGAAGUGGUGCCAUUCAUCUCCUUCGUCUCCUGGGGGCCAUCCGAUCCCAGUUGGAGGAUGUGUUUGGCUUGGGCGCUUGGAGUGGACACAGAGUGGCUGGUCCACUACACGGCUGGAGCGAGAACUACUUCAGUAG